AUGGCAAUGGAUAACGUGACGACGUAUCAUCGCAUCACGGAAGCAUUCAAACACGCAUUUGCACAUAGAACAGGACUCGGUGACGAAGACUACGAAGACACCGUCAGUGAUCUUGUCGACUUAAUGAUGUCAAAGGAGUAUGCAGCCGAAAUACGUGAACGGAUUCAUGACAACACCACCCACGACAUUGAUUAUUAUUAUUCAUCUUUUUCAUUGGUCGAAGAUCAUGGAACUGCCCAUCUGUCUGUAGUUGACCAACGCGGUAAUUCAGUAUCAGUUACCAGUACAAUCAAUACAUACUUCGGCUCAAAGGUUGUUGGAUCAAGAACGGGUAUCAUUUUUAACAAUGAGAUGGACGAUUUCUCGUCACCAAAUACGACUAACUUUUUUGAAGUGCCGCCAUCACCGGUAAACUUUAUCGAACCUGGUAAACGACCCCUAUCAUCUAUGGACCCAGCUAUAGUUGUCAAUGGGCAAGGCAACGUGUCGCUUUCUAUUGGUGGUUCGGGCGGUACACUGAUAACUACAGCUGUGUCAUUGUCGACAAUGAAUUUGUUUUGGUUUGGGCUAAACUUGGGUGAUGCAAUACUCCAACCACGAAUCCAUCAUCAAUUGAGUCCCAAUGAAUUAGAUCAUGAAGAAGAGUUUUCUGACGUAAUACUUGCCGGUCUUCGCGAGAAAAACCACGUAACAUCAUCGUACGAUAGAAGAGAUUCUGUUGUCCAAGCAAUACACCUCGUCGACGACCAACUGCACGCAUGUUCAGAUGACAGAAAAGGCGGACUUCCGGCCGGAUUCUAAUGUCAUUUGCGGGCAUUAAACAUAUUGAUUAUGGGCGAACAUUCUAUAAAACAAACCAUGUUUAAAAAGUGUUGCAUAAUUUGAAUGCAAGCCACCACUCUUUUUUUUUCCCC